CCAUGCUUUUCAAUGCUUCAAAUACCAUCUAUUACAGACAGGCACGUGCCUUAAAAGAACUAGCUACAAGGCUAUUCCUUGCUCUUAAAACUGAUCCUGAAAACUUUGAAACUGAAGCUUCCAUGCGAAGAAUGGGAGUUGGUAGGAGGUCAAAAGCUGACAUUAGAAUUUUGAACUGUAACUCUAACAACAAGAAUAAUACUGGAAUUGGUGCAAGAGGCCAUAGAGCUCAAAGAGGACUUGAUGACUUUGAAGUGGAAAAGCGUCAAACUUAUAGAGCAUGGAAUUCUUUUCUAAGUGAGAAUGGAUCAUUAGUCUCGGCAAUUUAUAACAGUCCAAAGCAACUUAAACUGGAUGAGAAGGUAGGUCUUGGAUAUAUAGAGAGCUUAAAGCGGUUUGCUAAAGAUUUGGGUCCUACAGCUCAAAUGGCUACCAUGAAGAAGCUAGAGAGUUACAUUUCUGAAGCUCUGAGAGUUUGGAAUGUGACUACAAACCGUCAGCACUGGGCCCCAGAAAUGCAAAUUCCUAAUGCAGCAUAUGCAUCAAAUAUUAAGGUUGCUCCAUCUUUUAAGGUCCCUUCAACUACAUCUGGAUGCCAAAAUAUUUCAGGUGAUAAAAUGGACUUUCACAGUGGAUUCUCAAAUGUAGGACAGGCACCAAUGGAUGACACUAUGAACAUAAAUAAUUCCUUAAACGGAGGAAUUAGUCAACCUGGUGGCCGAGUGGAAAGUCUUGGUGACUUCCAAGAGAAAAUGACUCAGUCAGAGAGUAGGGGGUUUGCUCCAUCUUUGAAUCUCCUUGGGAAUUCUAAUAGGCACCAAACAUUCGCAGGUGCAAUAAUGGAUAGUCCAUCGUCCUUAUGGAAUGGAGGAAAGGUGUCUACAGUUAAUAAUAUUGACAUGAAUGAUGCCUUCAAUAAAGGUAAAGGAAAACUUGGAAAUAUAAUGGACGUCCAAGAAAAGGUGGUGCAACCCAUGAGAGGGGGUUUAGAUAGCGGAGCUGCUUUCAAGGAUUAUGCUGCUAGUGAAAGCAAUGGGGUUCACUUGGCUUCUUCUUUUCCCAAUUAUGGUUCAGGGAAAGGAAAACUUGAUUUCUCUGCUUUGUGGAAUACAAAGAGCAACCAAAAGGAAUUGGGCAGGACAAGCAUGAUUGUAGACGCAUUCAAUGUGGAUAGUACUGUACAAACAGCUGGGCAAGCUUCUUUGUGGUCUAGGAUGCGAGAGUCUACACCCACAAGAAACAGUAGUGCUUCCACGUCUUUAUGGCGUCCACCUUCUCAAGUCUUGACAGGGUUGAAUAACAGUCAAGCCAUUGACUACAUGAGCGGAAUUGGUUCUCAUUAUCCUGAUGAAGGUUCCAGAUAUAUAAACAAUGUAGAGCAGGGUGGGCUACUUUCAGAUUUGUUCAAGCCAGUGGAGAUGGGACCGCAAUCCUUGACUGAAUAUUGUUUUCAGGAGCAAACUAUAUCACCUGAAAUGGCAUCCCUAAUGCAGCAAAAAGAAGAAUUGGAUUCACUAUGUGAAGUUCCUCCACUUGAGGACUGGCUUGUGAGUUUUCCGCAGGAGCAUGUCAUCAGAGCAUCAUCGAAUGCAUUGGAGUAUGAGAGGUUUCAACCUCAAAGCAGGGGGGAGUCGAGCAGUAGAGCUGCUGCUGAUAGGGGCCAGAAGCAGCCGGUGCUGGGUAAGGAGCUGCAGCAAUGGACGUGGCUAUAAUUCUAUAGACCUGAUUAAACUGCCUACAUUUGGCUGGCAUAAUAAUGCAAAUGAAAGAGACUUUUUUUGGGUGAAAACAGAGAUGUUCUAUUUUGGUGGUUUUAAAUCCUAGGGAAACUAAGACUUGUCACUUGUGCUGUUUUAAAAAACUCUUGGCUCUGCCUUUCUAUGCUCUUAU